AAAGCAAUAAUUUAUGUAUAGAAAUGUGAAAACAAACACCCGUGCGGUUGCACGGGUCAAAAUCUAGUAGUAAUUAAACAUCAUGUUAUUCCUCUAACUGAAACAGAGUAGCUUAUAAUUUAGAAGUAUACAAUUCUCUAGCUUAUAUACGCGUAUGUAUUAUGAGCAUGUAAUUACUAAUAUGCUAUUCUCUAUAUACACGACACGGUGCUCAAGUUUAAGUGUUUAACAAUCCAAUUUUGUCCAUAAGAGUUCGGAUUUUUUCUGGAUAUAAGCUUUGUUAAGCCUCUUGCCACUAGACCUACCUAAUAAACAAUUAACUAAAAAGGUGGUCUAUCUUGUAAGAAGUUUGAAGGUGGAAAGCUUUAUGCUUGUAUAUCUCUCUCUAUCCAGAGUCGGUUCUGAUAUUUUUAUUUUAAAUGCAUUUUUUGAUAUGUUUGUCUUUCAUGAAGCAUGCGGUUAUUUGCAAUGUGUGUAGUUGCAUAAUAGAAUAAUGGUGUCAAGGUAUUCAAGGUGAAAAUCUACAUUGAGCAACAUUUUUCAUUUACAGACUUACAAGACAGAAAAUUUACAUUGUACCACUUUUUUAUUUACAAAAUUUAUUUCACCUUUCUCUCACGACGAACGGAAGAACCCUAAGAAAAUAUCCUAGGGAACAAAUUCCGGGAGCUGUCCCACUUCAUUUCUAUUUAAGUAUUUGUAGGCUCCUUCUCAGCUUCUAGGCAUACUCGUUAGGUGUGGCUUCAGAUCUGAGUUUAUGGUGAGGUUCAGACAGGUUAUAUGGUCGGAUCUCAUAUACCUGAGCUCGGAUGAAGAUUAGAUGGGUGAAUGGCAUGUCGACUUUUGUGUUGUGUUUCUGAGUUUCUCUUAUCAAACUCUACAGGAAAACUUUGAUGUACAUGCUCAAUCUUGUGUACCUCAUGUUUAUGGCUGAUCCUAGGUUGCCAAGUUUGUGUUCUUGUGCUAGCAUGUAGUCUUGAGUCUGUUUUCUGAUUCUGAGGUAUUGAUGGCUUGGGAUUUCUUAGAGAAGUUAUCUUUUUUUUUAUCACUUGCUUGCUUGAUUUGGGAUGUCUCUCCCGCUUCAAACUGUUUUCUGGUGCGCGGUGCAGGACUAAACCUGUUUUGAUGUGGGUCUCUACUUCUUCCAUCAGUUUUGGUGAAGCUUUUUUCCAGUUGAGUCUUUGGUGGUUGUGCGUUCUCGGAUCUCCUCUCCUUGUCUUGUGGUCGUUCUUCUCGAGGUUUCUCUUAGUUUUUGGUCGGGGCUUUAGCCUUGGAUUGUGAAUUAGAGUUCUUUGACUCUCUGGAUUUGGUUGGUCUUGAGGCUGUGAUGUUCGGUGGAUUCAAUGAGUCUUUGUCUAUCUUAGCUUAUGUGGCAUCUCCUCAUUUAGCGGAAUUGUCUUCGGUAAGUCUUGUUGCUCGAUCUUUGGGUUUCAUGUUGAUUGUCAUGUGUGAAGCUUCGAUAUAGCAAAGUUGUGACAUUCCUUGGUCUUUAACCGACAUAUUUUAUGGAUUUAGUUGUAAGGAACUGGAGCUUUAGCUCAAUUAUGUUUGAUUUUUGAGUAUUUUGAUUGUCAAUUGUCUUUUCAGCAUGCCGCUCGACAAAUGCCCUAGCUCGGAUGGUUUUCCAGCUGACUUUUACAGAUUAACUUGGGAUAUUUUUGGUCCGGACUUUGUUGUUCAAACUAAAAGAAAGAACGCUAAUCAAAUUCUUGUUAUUAAAGGUCCGAUCUGAUGUUUACGAUUUGUUGUGGUUAAUCUUCCCCCCCCCCCAAUUGACUAAGUGCAAGUUAGAACAUGGUAGCUUCUGAUUCACGGCCAAUGAGACUUCGCUUGCAAGCUGAACUCUUUUUGGCAUCAUUCGCAGAGAGAGAGAAGAGAGCAUACGCAGUGAAGAAGGGGGUGGAGCUUAUAUUUCAAAGUAUAUUAAAGGUAUUCUAAAAUCAAGAUUAUCCCGACGUGAGCAGUCAGGCUGGAAUAUAAUAGAUGAUACAACUUAUAUGGCUUUCUUUGAAGAAUUUUCGUCUCUUAAUCCAAUUUUUCAUACUUUCUUAUUUUACGGGAGGCUACCCUCUCCUUUUAGUCGAGUAAGAAAUACCUCUCCUCAUCUCUCUAUCCAUAAAAAAGCCCUUCCAAGAGGAGAGCGGAAGCUUCGGGAUGAGUAUGCCAUGGAUUCCCAAAAUUCUCGUCCUGAUCCACUAUGGAAUUGGAAUCUACAAAAACAUUCUAGGAAAGGGCUCGUAAUGAUCUUCUCAAAGAUCACAAGGUGCUGAAGUGGCAGCCGUUCCUCGGGGGAUCCGUAGGUUUUUGUGAAAGGGAUACUCUUACUUAUCAUGUCUGAAAAGAAAAACCGAAUUCCUCGAUUUCAUUCGACUUAUCCACAUUUCCAUUUCUUGUAGAGGAAGGCUAACUGCUUGCUGUAUGAGCGGUAACGUCCAUGUACGGUUCCGCCAGAAGGGCGGUGGACAGAAAUGGCCUUGGAGGAACCCCUUACUCUCG